GUGGCCAUUGUCGCCUUUACCAACGUGAAGACUUCGUUUAACGCGCCAAAAGUUUUGCAUUUCUUUCACAUUUUUACUAUUUAAAGAAGGACAAACAGAAUUUACUUUUAAAUAAUGGCGUACAGAGGACAAGGGCAGAAAGUCCAGAAGGUUAUGGUGCAACCCAUUAACCUUAUUUUCAGGUAUCUACAGAAUCGAUCCCGUAUCCAGGUGUGGCUUUAUGAGCAGAUCAACAUGCGGAUAGAAGGCUGCAUUAUUGGCUUUGAUGAGUACAUGAACUUGGUUCUGGAUGAUGCAGAGGAAGUGCAUAUGAAGACCAAGAACAGGAAGCCAUUAGGGAGGGUCAUGCUGAAAGGAGACAACAUCACGCUGCUACAGAGCGUCUCGAUUUAACCUCAUUUCUUGGAAUUUCAGUGGAUUUCUUGGAACGAUAACGGAUUAUUGUCUGAUAACAUUAAUUUCGUUAUACUUGGUUUAAUUUCUUAGCUUUUUGUCUUGUUUCUCAGCAGUGAUUAUUAUGCGUCAUGUUUUUCUAACCAAAUGCCAUUAAAGAAUGUUUUGUUUGUUUA